UGACUUGACAGAUUCACAGAUGACAGAAUUGACAGAUUGCCGGCCAGCAGCUUAUUUCUUUUCGUAUUUUUAAAGAGAAAACAAAUAGUAAAUUCAAUUUAAAUUGGGAUUGCUAUACAUUACAAUGUCUAUCAAUUCUAUUUACGAAGUAGCCUACAAAGGAGAUUUUAAUCAAAUAAAAGUGAAAGUUGAUGAGAACAUAUCAUUAGCUAAGGCCACUGAUGAAAAUGGGCGUCUUCUCUUGCACUGGGCUGCCAUUGGUGGAAAUGAAAACUUGGUUGACUUUUUGAUUGAUAGUGGAAGUCCUGUAAACUCUGUAGAUGAUACAAACUCCAGCCCUCUGACAUUGGCUGCCUCAGCUGGAAGACUUGCUGUGGUUAAGUUAUUGAUUGACCGAGGAGCAGAUGUACACCAUCAAAAUAAUCGAGGUCAAUCAUCAUUGCAUUAUGCUUGUUCAAAAGGACAUAUCGAGAUUGCAAAUUUGCUAAUUGAAGCUGGUGCUAAUGUUAAUCAAACAGAUGCAUUAAAAGCUACACCAUUGCACCGUGCGGCUGCUCAGGGUAGAACUAAUAUUGUUGACAUGCUAAUAAAGUCCCCAGAAUUAAAAAUAGAUUCCCAAGAUUCUACUGGAGCAACUCCUUUACAUUUGGCUUGUGAAGAAGACCGAGAAGUUGUAGCUUGUAUGCUUCUGAAAGCAGGAUCAAAUAUCCAAAUUGAAAAUGUUGAUAAAAAAUCUCCUCUAGAUUUGUGUUCAAUGAAAUUAAAAAAUACGUUAGAAGCGUUAAUACAUUAAA